GUCAGGAAGAGAACCAUUGCACUCAAGUGCUAAGAACACUGUAUCAUUUUUCACAUCCGUUAAAUACUCAUUUACAACGGGCAAUUACUUGAAUAAUCAGGUCCUUAAAUCCCAAGGAGACACACUCUUCCUUACCGCUUUGUCCGAUCAUGGGACGUUCAACACUGGAAAACAGAUUGUGUACAUAUCCAUGUUUUUAACAUUGAACUGGAAGUUAACCUUCAUAAAGUGUCCAGUGCAAAGAAGGUAGAGAGACACCGAACGUAAAUGUAGGUAUAUACAGGUAUGGGACUUACGGACACAACAUCUCAGUGAUGCGGCAUAUGUUAUACUGAGACUACUAGAGAAACAUAAGGUUACAAUGUCGCAGAAAAACAAAUCCUAUUUUGUAGCAUUUGAUGACGAAUAUGGCUGGGGAAACACCACAUAUUUCUCCUUUUUCUCGGAAUUCAACAGAUCAUGGAAUGACCUCCCUUACAUUGAAGCAUUUGUGUUAAUUUUUCUCUUCUUGUUCUCAAUCUUGGGAAACUGUAUUGUGUUCUAUCAAAUAAUGAAACUUAGGAGUACUCGCACGGUCACCAACUACUUGAUUGGUAAUCUGGCUGUAGCAGACAUCUUGUUCUCCACCGGAAGUCCCCUGAUUGCGGUUGCGCGCAUGACAGGAACAUGGGUUCUUGGUUCAUUUGUCUGUAAAAUGCUGGUGUACGAAAUGUUUAUUUGUGCGUCUGUGAUGAUAUGGACGAUGACAAUUAUCAGUGUUGAUAGAUAUAUCUGCAUCCUUAAAACAGACUGGAAGAAAAUCACACCCAUUGUGGCAAUAUGUAGCAUUGUAAUUCUGUGGAUUCUAGAUUUCAUUGCAUUCAUUCCGCUUGCUAUGUAUUUCAAUGUGAAAAACUUUACAUUUGGUAAUACUGAAAUAACUUUAUGUACGCUCUUGUGGCCAACCAAUCAGAGUGUACGACUGUCGAUGUUAUUUACUGCCACUGUUUGCAUUAUAGGAUUUGUGAUCCCACUAGGAAUCUUGGCCUUUAGCUAUUUCAGAAUUCUGAGAAAAUUCUGGAAAACGAGACAUGCCGUGGGAUCUGCAGUGAAGUCGAUAAAAUGUCGAGAAGAACGAGAUUUCCGACUAAUAAAGAAUCUGAUUCUGAUGGUCCUUUUAUUUCUUGUGAUGUGGUUACCGAUUUUUGUUAUGAUGGCGCUGAUCCAGGCCGACGGCAUGGCAGAUGACAUGGCGAUACCGUCAUAUGCCCUGAUUGCGGCGGUCUGUGUUGCUCUUGGAAACGCUUGUGUGAAUCCAUUUCUGUACGGUAUCGUUAAUGGAAGAGUGAAACGAGGAAUUCUUAGGUCUGUUUUAUCACAAAAGAAAAAAUUUAGAAUAUCUACCAUCGACAGCAAAACUGAUAACAGCAGAGUAGGACAUACUUAAUUUCAAGAACUACAUGUAUGUUGUGUUGAUUACAAGUGUGAUAGUGGAAAUGUGUUGCUUUGCUAUAACUCGUAAUGAUUUUGUUUUUAAAAAUUAGGUACAUUGAAUUUAUUAUAUUUGUAUUGAACUUCAUGUAUGACAUGCAAGUAGCAACUGUUAUUGUUAAACUUAUAUGUAUGAAUAAAUCUUUAUACCAGUU